AUGAUGUCUUCAGCCCAGAGGCAUCCACCUGUCCUCAUUUUGGAUGCACUGAUUGGUUCUCCCAGAGCAGUGGUGCAGCCACCAGAUAAUGUGGCUGUGAGCAAGUUAACGCAGACUACGGCUCGUGUAACAUGGAACAUCGUCUCAGGUGUCCUGCUUUACCAGCUUUCAGUCAUUGCCAAUAACAAGCCCGGAGUUCUCCCGGUUAUUAAAAACGUCACUAGUACCGAUGUGAAUAUCUCAAACCUGGAGCCGUGUACAACAUACACAAUAGGGGUUGCAUCUAUCAACAUGUUCCUUGAACCAGGAGAGUCCAAUAAUGUCACCUACUCAACUUCCACUAUUGGAACAGUGUCCUCCAUCUCUGUGGAGUACAACUGUCUUACUUCUACGGAAACGAUUAGUUGGGAUGCGGUUUUUGGUGCCACGUCGUACCGCGCCGUCAUUACAGAUGGUCAAGGCCGGUCGCUCAAUUGCUCUUCAACGGACACCUCCUGCCAGAUCUCGAAUCUGGUCUGUGGAGAACGGUACACUGUGCGGAUUACAGCCAUCGCUAACUGUGAAAGCACUUCCAACGGCAGCUACUUCUUCGAGACAGCACCAUGCCCACCCAAAGCGCCAAAAGUCUACCGCGAGUGCUCCACUAAUGUCAUCUUGUUCUCAUGGGAGCCCACCAACAACACAGCUUAUUACUUCGCCAUUGCAGUGGACUCGGACGGCCUGGUAACUGAAUGCGCCACUGGGGAAACCUCCUGUUAUUUCACCGACACUGUCUGUGGUCAAACAUACAGCUUCUACGUCAGCGCCAUCUACACCGGAGGACUAGACUGCAACAGUGGAAGAACAGAGGGCUUAGUCGUCAAAACAGCCCCAUGUUUGCCGCAGAACAUCUAUGCGAUUGCAAAUUGUAAUAGCAUCAGCAGUGUCAUCAUCACUUGGGACAAGGCCGCAGGAGCCGAAGCCUACGUCGUGGAGGCCCGAGGUAAUCGUAAAGAUUUCUACAACUGCACGUCUGCAAACACAAGCUGCACACUAACAGAUCUGGAUUGCGGAGAGAGCAUGAGCGUGUGGAUUGUUGCCACAAAUGGUGAAUGCACUACUGAUCCUGUGAUGGGAGAUGUAGCAGACACAGUUCCCUGCAUUCCUCAGAACGUGUCUGCUGUGGACACCUGUAGUUCAGACUCUGCCUCUUUCACAUGGAAUUUUGCCAGUGGUGCAAUCAUCUACAUCGGAAUGGCCGUGCAUGCGACUGGCACAGUUCACACCUGUGCUGCCAUGGCGACAGAAUGCACAUUCCCAGACCUGCAAUGCGGCGAGGAGUAUGAUGCGUAUGUCUUGUCAACUAACCUGAAAUGCAACAGUUCUGAGAGUCAACAUAUCACCCUGCAGACAGCUCCAUGUGCUCCGGUCAGUGUGGGGGCCACUAGAGACUGUGAUGCAAAUCAAGCAGUCGUAAGUUGGCAGGCCCUUCAGACUGGGAGUCUAUACACAGCAGUACUGCAGGAUGAACAUGGGCCCACAGUUAAUUGCAGCUCCAGCUCUAACAACUGCACAUUCACAAACCUGCUCUGCGGAAUGAACUACAACGUCACAGUCACAACAAAUGAUGGUCAAUGCGGAAGUCAGCCAUCCACACCCAUUCAAAUACAGCCAGUUCCCUGUGACCCUCAGAACAUAACAACUGUGCUCCAGUGUGACACCAACACAGCUGAUGUGACAUGGACUGCCAGUGCAGGAGCUAAUGGGUACACGGCAACGGCAACAGACGGCCAGCAGCAACGCUUAGCUUCUUGUCACUCUAUGGAGACUUCCUGUCAGCUGACCUCUGUGCCGUGUGGGAUGAGACUAAAUGUGACUGUCCAAGCUGAUGGCGCCACCUGCAACAGCAGCUCUCAACCUAAAGCUGUAGUGGAAACAGCUCCCUGCAUUCCCACCAAUGUCGCUGCUGUUCUAAACUGUUCAUCCAACAUUGCUUCCAUCACCUGGUACAGUGCCCUUGGUGCCACUUGGUACUUGGUUAAGGCAGAAGGCAACCAAGGGUACAAGACGUCCUGCAACAACACUGUCACACACUGUGAUAUCCCAAACCUGCAGUGCGGCCAGGAAUAUUCCAUCACAGUCAUGGGCAUGAAUGGUGACUGCAUGGGCCCGGCUAGCCAGCCUUUCACCCUUGUCUCAGGUAUUGAACUCUAG